AUGCGUGAUGAGUGUUUUAAAGUGUCAUCCAUUUUUUCAGCCAUCGAUAAUUUAUCUUACGCCAGUCAGAUACUAACUAUGUGCAAGAGAAAUCUUGAAACUGCGAAAUUAUUUGAAGAAUGUUGUUAUGGUCAUCAGUUUAAUGGGACACAUUGUUAUAUUUGUGCAGAUGGGUUUACAGGUCAGAAAUGCGAGACUCCUUGUGAUGGACUUUUUUAUGGUUAUCUCUGCAGCAAUUCGUGCGAGUGCCCUAAAAAACAUUGUCAUCAUAUAUAUGGAUGCAGUGCAAAUGAAAGUGUGGUUUCCAGCACGGCAGUUUAUACGACAGAAUUAUUUGAAUCGUCUGAAGCUACGACAUCAUAUCUCAUGGAGUCUACACGUUUCUCAGAAAGUACUACAAGAGAAUCCCAAACGACAGGAAACCAUUAUGAAAUUACAAACGUUAUCUUUAGUAAUGUUAGCGAAGAGUUUCAAAGCGAUAGAGUAAUCAUUUCCAGUGUUCCACCAGUAACCACAUCGCCGAAUUUACUUGAUAACAAUACCCUCAUCAUAGCGAUUGGUGGACUUAUAGCAUUUUUCCUUUGCAUACUCAGCAUACAGGCUUGUGUUAAACUGUAUGCAUGUAUCCGUCGAAAAUCAAAAUCAAAACGGAUUACUGAGAAAACUGAUUCGGCUAUAGACGAAGAAACAUAUGACAAUAUAAACGAAGCUAUGAUGACAGCAAUAAGUAAAGCCGAUGACCCCCAGCAGCAAGGAAAAUACUACCAACUGAAGACUUUAAACAAAGAUACAAGUAUGCCAUAUCAUAAAAUUGAUAACACAUUAGAACGCCGAUCCGCCGAAAAUCUCAAUAUAGAAAUGAAAGAUGAAUUGCACUCUUCUUUAAUCAGUAAUGAUUCGACUGGUAGUAGUAGUAAUUCAUACCUGAAACCUAGGACUAACAAACACGAAAAACACAACUACAUUGAAGUUCUGGACACCGCUUCAGCAAAUGACGAACUUGUGAAAGACUGUAUAGAAGUUCCUGACCAUGACGCAUCAUUUCCAAACUAUUUAGAGCCAAUUCACAGCCAACAUAUAGAUGGAAACGGUCAAAACUCUCUUGUUCAACGUGACAGUACCUACCAAGAUGUGAUCAAUGAAAAGCCAUUAGAAGAUACGUAUCUUGAUGUUGUUCAUUGCAUAGAAACGGGAAAUAACCCAUGAUUAUACUGAAGGGUCACCUUCAGAUAGUUUUAUUAAAGUUUAUAUUAUCUAAGCAACUUCCUUGUAUGUUCAUUUAAGUAAUAACCUAAAACUUGUGUUCUUAAAUAUAUAUCAACAUGUGAUAUGAAUAUCAUUUUUGUGAAGAAAAACUCCAUGUUUAAAAGAUGUAUAACAGAAAAUUAUAUGAUUUACAUAAAAUUGAUUAAAUUAAUUGGUAACGCGCUAAAAAAGAAUUUAAUUUAGAUAAUAUGCAGUGUGCAGUGAUUAUUAUUUUACAGUCGAUGAACACAUAACACCUUUUGGCCGAACACUUAAGGCCAAUUGCAUAUUUACCCUUUUGUUCUGAUUAAAAAACAAGAUGAGUAGAAAAAGUAUUUUGCUGGAAGAUAUAUGUUAACAAGUGUCCCUCUCCCUAAUCCCUUUUAAUUUUCAUGAACCGUUUAUCUACCUUAUCUAUAACACCCACCAGCAAAACUUUUCAAUGAGGCUUGUAUUUAUACUUUAAUUUUAAACCAUUAAAAAUCGCAACUGAUGUGUGUAAUUUGUAAUUUUAUUUGACCCUUAGUUCAAUGAAAAACUUUUGUUUGCUUUAUGAAAUUCCUUUACAUAUGUACAUAUAUUUGGAUACAAUGAAAUAUAAAUAUGUUGUUUUUUUCAACUUGGUUAAUUAACAGAUGAAGGGAGACAAAUUACUUUCCUACAAUUUUACAACGCAUGACAUUUUAAAUGUACGAAACGUUUUACUUAAGCUUAUCAACAAAAAUAUUUUAAUGAAGCAGGGUAUAAUUUUGUCUACCCUUCAUAUUUUGAUGAAAUUUCGUGUGUCGAGUUUAAUUUAUGUAUCAAUCAUAAUGAUUGUAAGACAAAAAAAAUAUUCACCUUCCCAAUUUUUUCAAAGGAUGUGUCAAAAGUUAUAUUUUUUUUACUAUAAAAUCCAUAGAAAUUGAAACUGGAGUUUAAAAAGCGCUAAAGGAUUUAUUGCAAAUUAAAAAAAAAAAAGAACUGAUCAAUAGGGAAGAUGGAUUUCCCGGAAAAAAUCACUUUUGAAAAUUAAUUUUUUGGGUAACUUUCUAUCGUACAUAUUCCUAAAUGUUUGGAAUUUGCAUUUUGAACCUAUUAUAUUGCUCUUGCAAUUUUAUUAUUCAUCUUUAAAGUUGGCAUUUUCUCAGUUAAAUGGUAUAUUUCUGCACUGUUUUUGGCCUAGAUACCCUAUAGGACCAGACUGCCCAUUAAAAAAUCUUAUAUAUUUUGAUAGGUUUUGUUCGAAGGAAUAAAUUAAGAUUGAAUUUUCUUAGGUGAACCCCAGCCCGGCCGGGUCGAACAUUGCGAAAAAACAACAAAAAAUUAAGAAACUGAUUUCUAUCAUAGUGGUCUAUAUUAUUUUCUAAAAGUGUAAGUCUUGGAUAGCUCACUAGGCUAAGGCGCUAGCAAAUAAAAGAUAAAAAAAAGGCACUGGCUAUGUCCCACACAUGACGUUUUAGUGCCCUGGUUCGAUUCCAUCUGUGGUCAUAGUUUUUUGUCUUCUUUUUUUUAAUUUUUAAAUAAAUGUCAUUAAUAAACACCGUUUUAUUUUUGUUUGAUGCAGAUUCGUGCAUCUUGUUUAUUUAACGUCGAAAUUCACAUUUGCUCUUUUAAUUAAAGAUAUCUAUGAAAAAAGUAUAUACUUGUAUAUACAUGUAAAAGCAAUCAACCCAAACUAUACCCUAGUGUAAGCACGCUUUGUUUGAGGACAAAAAUCAUUCACUCUGUAUUACUCGAGACAGAUGACACGUAAAAUAAAACAUGCAAA